UUACAAGCCACCUCCAAUACGUUCCAUACCUUCCGUUACCAGUUGACUCAUGCGUUGACCCCUCCUGGAGCGGCAGAAAUUCCUGCAGCGCCUGAUGAAGGGCCCCUCUUAAAAGUCACCUCCCCACCUACCCGGCUUUAGUCCAUUGACUCCUCCGGAACAAAAGCCCUGGAUGCUGGGCUCGUUGCGGCGACUGGCUUGCCUGAGACGGGAACCGCUACUCAAACUUCCCUCGGCCUCCAACCUACCGUCGCCUCGACACUACUCCCUCCAGCGACUAGCAAACAUGGCACCUGACGCGACCGCUGCCGCUCCCUCCCCUUCUCCCGGCAGCCCUGCGCCCGAUGCGGCCACGGCCAAAAAGAAUGAGCAAAAGGAGAAGGCCAAGGCGGAUAAGGCGGCCAAGUUCGCGGCGAAGCAGGCCAAGUUGAAGCAACAGCAGCAGCCGGUGCAGAAAGCUGCUGCUCAGUCGACUCCGAAGACUCAGACCCCGUCCCUCCCUCCUUACGUCGACGAGACCCCUCACGGCGAGAAGAAGAUUUUGCAGCCGUUCGACCACCCGCACUUCCAGGCAUACAAUCCCAAGGCAGUCGAGUCCGCAUGGUAUGCUUGGUGGGAGAAGAGCGGUUUCUUCCAGCCGCGGCCGCCCCGGUCUCCCGAUGCCGGGAGGUUCGUUAUUCCUCUACCGCCUCCCAAUGUGACCGGUGCGCUGCACUGCGGUCAUGCCCUGGCCAAUUCCCUCCAGGACACCUUGAUUCGGUGGUACCGGAUGAAGGGAUACUCUACCCUCUGGGUCCCGGGCUGCGACCAUGCCGGAAUUUCUACUCAGUCGGUUGUAGAAAAGAUGCUCUGGAAGAAACAACGGAAGACGCGCCUUGAGCUCGGCCGCGAGGAGUUCACAAAGCUUGUCUGGGAAUGGAAGGGGGAAUAUCACGAGCGUAUCAACAAUGCUCAAAGGCUCAUGGGCGGCUCGAUGGACUGGUCUCGCGAAGCGUUCACCAUGGACGAGAACCUCAGUGCCGCGACCAUGGAGACUUUCUGCCGCCUCCACGACGAAGGGUACAUCUACAGGUCGAACCGCUUGGUGAACUGGUGCACCCACUUGAGAACCGCCCUCAGCUCGCUGGAGGUGGAAAACAAGGAAAUCAGCGGCCGUACAAUGCUUGAGGUGCCGGGUUACGACAGGAAGAUCGAGUUUGGUGUCCUGACGUACUUCAAAUACCCGAUUGACGGCACGGAUCUGACGAUCGAGGUUGCGACGACCCGUCCCGAGACCAUGCUUGGAGACAGUGGUAUUGCCGUUAGCCCUGGGGAUCCUCGCUACGCCCAUCUCGUCGGCAAAUUCGCGCGACACCCCUUCACGGACCGCCUUCUUCCCAUUGUGGAAGACAGCUACGUCGACCCGGAGUUCGGUACCGGUGCUGUCAAGCUCACCCCCGCUCACGAUUUCAACGAUUACAAACUGGGGGAGCGCCACAACCUCGAGUUCAUCAACAUCCUGAAUGAAGAUGGCACUCUGAACGAAAACGCUGGCCCGAUGUUCCAGGGACAGAAGAGGUUUCACGCCCGCUACACCGUCGUCGAGGAGCUGACAAAACGCGGCCUCUUUGUCAAAAAGGAGCCCAACCCGAUGACAAUUCCCCUGUGUGAGAAGACCAAGGACGUCAUUGAGCCAUACAUGACACCCCAAUGGUGGGUGCGUAUGAAGGAGAUGGCCGAUGCUGCUCUUAAGGUCGUCGAGGAAGGAAAAAUUAAGAUCAGCCCCGAGAGCGCGAGGAAAUCGUACGACCGGUGGUUGUCCAAUAUCAACGAUUGGUGCAUCUCUCGGCAACUCUGGUGGGGUCACCGCAUCCCCGCUUACCGCGUCAUCUUCGAAAAUGAGGAGGGCCCUGAGACCAACGACUCUCAAUGGGUUGUCGGCAGGACUCCCGAGGAAGCGCAGGCCAGGGCCGAGGCAAAGUACGCCGGGAAGAAGUUCCGUCUGGAACAAGAUCCCGACUGCCUAGACACCUGGUUCAGCUCAGGCCUCUGGCCUAUGUCCAUUCUCGGCUGGCCCAAUACUGAGAGCAGUGACUUCAAGAACUUCUUUCCGACCAGCAUGCUGGAAACUGGCUGGGAUAUCCUGUUCUUCUGGGUCAGCCGGAUGAUCAUGCUCAGCCUCAAACUGACAGGCGAGGUUCCCUUCACCGAGGUCUACUGCCACAGCCUUAUCCGGGACUCCGAGGGCAGGAAGAUGAGUAAGUCGCUCGGCAACGUCAUUGACCCUCUCGACAUCAUCAACGGCAUUGAGCUGGAGGCGCUCCACGCGAAGCUCCUUACUGGCAACCUGAAGGAGGAUGAGGUUGAGCGCGCCACCAAGUACCAGAAGACCGCGUUCCCUGGUGGCAUCCCCGAGUGCGGUGCCGAUGCGCUUCGGUUCACUCUGCUCUCCUACACCACGGGCGGCGGCGACAUCAACUUCGACAUCAAGGUGAUGCAUGCAUACCGCCGGUUCUGCAACAAGGUCUGGCAGGCCAGCAAGUACGUCUUGAGCAAGCUCCCGGAGGACUUUGUCCCGAGUUCCAAACUCGACACUUCGGCCCUCUCGGUGCCGGAGCGGUGGAUCCUCCAUCGGAUGAACGCUGCCGUCAAGGGCAUCAACGAGGCACUCGAGGCGCGCCAAUUCUCCACCAGCACCAAGCUUGCAUACCAGUUCUUCUAUGACGAACUAUGCGAUGUCUUCAUCGAGAACAGCAAGGGCAUUUUGAGCGAUGGCACUCCGCAGGAGCAGCAGAGCGUCCAGCAGACCCUUUAUCGGACGCUGGAUGUUGCGCUGCGCCUUAUGCAUCCCUUCAUGCCCUUCAUCACGGAGGAGUUGUGGCAGCGCCUCCCUCGCGCCAAGGAUGAUGCGGUGCCAUCCAUCAUGCUUGCUCCAUACCCUGAGCCUGACGAUGCGCUGGCGUUCGCGUCCGAUGCCGAAGACUACGAACUCGGUCUUCAGUGCGCUGGCGGUAUCCGUUCCUUGGCCGCCGACUACAACAUCCGGUCAGAUGGGCGCGCAUUCAUCAAGGCGUCCACGGCCGCCAGCUUGGAGAAGGUCAGCGCACAGCUCCAGGCGAUCAAGACUCUGUCUGGAAAAGGCAUUGCCGAGGUCAGCAUCAUUGGCCCGGAUGCCGAAGAGAGCUCGUCGCCGAAGGGCUGUGCAGUCUAUGUCAUCUCCGCGGAUGUGGCGGUUCUGCUGCAGGUCAGCACGCAGAUCAAGGACAUUGACGCAGAGAUCAAGAAGAUCAAUGCCAAGCUGCAGAAGACCAACAUCGCAAUCGCAAAGCAGCAAGAGCUGAUGGGACGCGAGGGAUUUGAGAAGGCCAGCGAUGUGGUUGUGACGGCGGAAAAGAAAAAGCUUGCCGAUGCUCAAGCAGCGAAGGAGAACUACGAGAGGACACUGGCCGAGUUCAGCAAGCUGAAGGUUUGAUCGUUGCUGAACCCGCGGUCAUGGAGAAACCGCGUGGUAUGUCUGUAGACAUUCUACACAGUAUACCAAGUGAGCUAGAAUAGAGAGAUCCAUGUCCUCAAAGAGGCCGGGUUUUUCGUGUUCUUGUGUCGCUGAUGUUACCGAACAGAACGCAAGCUCGUGUCUCGGCGACCCUCUUAAAAAAACAAAACAGAUUUCUUAGAAAUACGACGCACCCUGCAGCGGUCCGUGCGCCCCCACCAAAACCUCGCAACGAGCAUCACCGCACCCCAAAGCUAACGUAUUGCUACAGGAAUCGCGAUAGGAGUUAAUAAGAGAAUCCAAACGGUUAACUGCCACGUUGGUUACUAAAAGGAGAGGGCAUUUGCAAAGACGGAUUUAAAGCUAGAAAGGGGGCUCUUAUCGAUAAGAUAGCUUAUCGAUAAGAUAAGUGUCACGUGACCUCACUACACUUGGGGGUUAGCAUUUUCAAGCUUUCUUGACAGGUCAACGUUUUCAAUCACUCUGCAUUUUCUAGCCUCUUAAAUCGUACUCGUAACAUCGUCAAUUUGAAGCGAUUCCUAUGGCGAC